AUGUCAGAGCACCAGUCUGAAGAAUUCCAGCAAAUUGAGAAGCUUUACGAGUUCAGUGAACGCCUCAACGCGUCAAAGGACAAGUCUCAGAAUGUUGAGGAUUAUGAGGGGAUUAUCAAGAUGUCCAAGACGAGUAUGAAGGCGAAGCAGCUUGCCUCGCAGCUGAUUCCACGCUACUUUAAGUUCUUCCCUACUCUCUCCACUGAUGCUUUCGAUGCCCAUGUGGAUUGCCUUGAAGAUGGAGAUCUUGGGGUACGGGUUCAAGCUAUCCGUGGGCUCCCGCUGUUCUGCAAGGAUACUCCAGAUAUUAUAUCUAAGAUUGUUGAUGUUCUUGUCCAACUUCUAAAUACUGAGGAACCUGUGGAGCGUGAUGCUGUGCAUAAGGCUCUGAUGUCACUGAUACGACAGGAUCCAAAAGCAUCUUUGACUGCAUUGUUUACGCAUGCUGGAGUUACUCCAACUACUGACGAUCAAGUUCGUGAAAAGGCCUUGAGUUUCAUCAGAGAUAAGGUGUUUCCUAUUAAAGCAGAACUCUUAAAGCCUCAGGAGGAAAUGGAAAGGCAUAUAACAGAUUUGAUUAAACAGAGCCUAGAAGAUGUAACUGGAGGAGAAUUUAAAAUGUUUAUGGAUUUCCUGACAAGUCUGAGUAUAUUUGGAGGGAAAGCUGCUCAAGAAAGAAUGCAAGAACUUGUGGAAAUUAUCGAAGGACAGGCUGAUUUAAAUGCACAAUUUGAUAUAUCAGAUACAGACCACAUUGAUAGGUUCAUAUCAUGCCUACAACUGGCUCUUCCAAUUUUUGCGAGAGGUGCUCCAACCAGCAGGUUUCUGAACUAUUUGAACAAUCAUAUCAUACCUGUUUUUGACAAGCUCCCAGAAGAGAGGAAGCUUGAUUUGCUCAAAGCUCUAGCUGAUAUUUCCCCAUACACAACCGCCCAGGAGGCAAGGCAGAUGCUUCCUUCAAUUGUUCAGCUUUUAAAGAUAUACAUGCCUGUCAGGAAGACUACAGAGGAAAUGAACUUCACAUACGUGGAGUGUUUGUUGUACGCGUUCCAUCACCUGGCUUACAAGGUUCCAAAUGCAACAAACAGCUUGUGUGGGUAUAAGAUUGUGACCGGCCAGCCAUCAGACAGACUGGGGGAAGACUUUUCGGAGUUGAACAAGGACUUCACUGAAAGAUUGACCACCGUUGAAGAUCUAACCAAGACAACAAUGAAGAAAUUAACUCAGGGAAUGUCUGAGCACAAUAAAGCCAUGUCCGCUGCUAAGACAGAUGAAGAGAAGGCCACCGUUAAAACAAAGAAGCAGAAUACUACAACUGGACUUAGGACCUGUAAUAACAUAUUGGCAAUGACAAAGCCAUUGCAUGCAAAAGUGCCUUCAUUUAUCGGAGAUACUAAUAUCAACCUCUCUUGGAAAGAAACCACAAAGCCAUUAGCCUCAGCAACAACAACAACAACAAUCGGAGGAAAACGGCCUGCUAAUAGCAACAAUGGAAGUGAUAACAAUGGCGCAACAAAGAAGAGACGUGGUUCGAGUGGUAUGCCAAACCAGCUUGUGAACAAGGCUUUUGAGGGAAUAUCAUCUUACGGUGGUGGUGGUAGAGGCGGAAACCGAAGUCAGGGAAGACGCGGAGGUGGUCGCGGAAGAGGUCAUUGGUAAUGAUAAGCUUCCAUGAGAUGAUUCCAUAACUGUUUCUGUUCUCGUUUUAUUGUAUUUUCUCUGUCAGCAGGAGUUUUGGUUUGGUACUUGCUAGAGUUUAGGGACAAUGUCUUCUUUAUUCGCAAUGGAGAAUACUGAAUUAGAUUUGUCCUUCAUUUUUCUCAUCAAAUCAAAACAAAAGUUCAAGUGUUAAUGACUUAAACUUGUUUAAUCAUGGCUGCCUCAGCUACAUGAGAUGAGAGACGCAUUGUAUGUCUCCUGUAUCCAAGUUUACUUCCAUGGCGC